UUCGAUAGGCGAGAGGUGGAAGCACCGCGAGGUGUGAAGCCAUCUCGUACUAAACGAAACGACUUUCACUUGCCAUAAACAAAAUGAAAGAAAGUCAACCUGCAAUUGCGGAGGCUCGUUGAGACCUCUUCUUUAAAAGAGCUAUCAGCAGAAACAAAAACCUCGGAGGAUGGGCCGACUAGGUCAGGUUGUUGAGGGAGGUGGCAAAAGCCUUCUAUUCGCCAUUGGGAACUACGUUAAUAUAGGGCAGCCAUUGGGAUAUCACGGUUCUUGGCCUACUUUCGCGCUAUCACACCAUAUAUUAGUGUGGUGUGUGGCGAAACAGGUGCACCCUGGUGUACGCUUUACAUCGUACGCGGUACUCGGUGAUGAUGUUGUCAUUGCCGAUCAGGAAGUCGCCAAAGUCUAUGAAUCUGCUUUGGGUGGAUUGGGGGGGUCACUCCUUUUCCCUUCUGUCUCAUCUACCUACUCCAUGAGAGAAGCUGGAAAGAGUGCUUUCCCCGAUUCGAUGGUUGAGCUCCGGAGAUCCUCUUUUCUCUGGUCUGGUUUCGGUGGUGGUCGGGUUCAGAAGGUGCGCGACCCAAUUCUCUCUCGAGCACUAGGUGUUACAUACUUGUCAGCUCUCGUCUCAGCUGCAGUUGUUCUCUGGCAGGGACUAGACCAUUUGGCUACCUACGCCUUUGCUUGCCUUUCUGCUGAUGCCUAUAGCUUUCCCCAUGCCUUUGCAGGGUGGUUAUCCUAAGACAAAGCAGCAAUAAGACAAGUUUCAGACAAUCUAGUAAAGGGCAAGUAAUGGUUGAGAGUAUACCCUAUGGGCUAAUAGAGAUUUCACUGGCUUGUUAGUGAGAGCUAGCUUUAAGGCUUUAUAGCGAGUAGUUGCAUAAAGUAGUCAGUCAAUA